AUGGCGGCAGAGAGGGGUGCCCUGAUGGAGGCCGCCUACCCAGAGCUGCAGGCCUUCUGCCAGAAGCAUGGCUUGAUGUUUGAGGUGAUUGAUCUGCGAUGGGGCAUCCAUGACGGAAUGGGCACUAGCCACGCGCCCACAGAGCUCUUCCUAGAGGAGAUCAGACGCUGCCAGAAGCUAUCAGUCGGCCCCAGUUUCAUUGCCCUGCUUGGAAGCCACUACGGCCCUUGUCCUGCCCCGCAGGCCAUCCCGGAAGGGGAAUUCGAGGCCCUCCGGUCCCAGCUCCGGGGCGAGCCCCACGCCCUGCAGCUCCUGGCCCGGUGGUACCUGAAGGAUGAGAACUCCACCCCGCCCGUGUACACCCGGCAGCGUUUGGCCCAGGCCAGCCCGGCCCGGGAGCGCAGCGUGGUCUUGGCCCUGCGGAGGGCAGCCCAGCGAGCCGAGCAGCAGGGCUCCCUCAGCCAGGAGCAGCGGCUGCGUUACCACAAGUCCGAGACACAGGCGGAAAUCGAGGCCGGCCUCUUCGGCGCUGGGGGGCCCGGGGCCCUCAGUGCCGCCACCGUCUUCUUCAGAGAGGCCGAGGGCCCGGACGGAGGGCGCUCCCCGCUGGGAGGGGAAGAGGAGGCUGCCGGUCCCCUGGACGCUGGAGAGCAGCGGAUGCUGGCAGACCUCAAGACCAAAAUCGCCACCCUCUGUCCUGAGCAGCUGCGGGUGCACCGGGUGCCCCCCAGCCCGGCCCUCCGCGGCCCCCGGCACAAGCCGCAGCCCAGGCACCUGAAGGAGCUGGGCCAGCAGGUCGUGGCGGCCACCAGCCACCACGUGCUGCAGCGCCUGAGGGCCCCCGGGGGCCGCCUGGGCCAGCCGCGCUGGCUCUUCCAGGAGCUGGCGCACCACGGGGCCCUGGGCCGGGAGCGGGCCCCGGCGUCCUGCUGGAGGCAGGGCCUGCUGGCUGGCAUCUGCCGGCACGUCCAGCAGGCCGACCGCCGCAGCCACCCGCCGCUGGUGGUCUGCGGGCCGCCCGGCUGCGGCAAGACGGCCCUGCUGUGCCGGCUGGGCGAGGCGGUGCGGGCCGCCCUGGGCCGGGAGACGGUGGUGGCCCUGCGGCUGCUGGGCACCUCGCCGCUCAGCUCCCGCUGGGACAGCCUGCUCCGAGGCCUCUGCCUCCAGCUGUCGCUGGCCCUGGGCUGGCCCCUCCCCGGCGCCCAGGGGCCCGGCAGCGGGGCCCUGCUCUUCCACCGCCUGCUGCUCUCUGCCCCCCGCCAGGGUGCCCACCCCUCCCUGGUGCUGAUCCUGGACUCCCUGGAGCGGCUGCAGGGGGCCGGGGGGGCCGGCCGGGGGGCCCCCUCCUGGCUGCCCAAGCGCCUCCCCCCCCAGGUGCACCUCGUCAUCUCCACCACCGAGCAGAGCGUGGCGGAGGCCCUGGGGGAGCCCCUGGGGAUGCCACCCCUCUCUCCAGAGCAGGCCCAGGAGGCGCUGGCCGGGCAGCUGGCCUCCGCAGGGCGGGCCCUGGGGCCGGGCCAGCGGGCUUGGUGCCAGCAGAGCUUCUCCCGGGGUGGGCAGGCCCUGCCGGUGGCCCUGGCCCUCCGGGAGGCCCAGCAGUGGGCUUCCUACACCCCACUGCCCGCACCGGGGCUCCUGCCCACAGCCCGGGAGGCAGCACAUCGUCUCUGUCGGGGGCUGGAGCAGGCCCACGGCGCCGUCCUGGUGGGGCAUGCCCUGGGCUACCUCGCCUGCGCCCGACACGGGCUCUCAGAAGCGGAGCUGAAAGACAUCCUGUCCCUGGACAACGAGGUCCUGGCUGAGCUCUACCGAGGAGGACGCCACCCGCCUCCCAACCAGGGGCUCCUGCGCCUGCCACCCUUGCUGUGGGCCCAGCUGCACCGCGACUUGGCCCCGUGGCUGGAGCCCAGGUGGGCGGAUGGCUUCCUGCUGAUGGGCUUCCGCCACAGGGAGUUCGCCUCCGUGGUGCAAGAGCGCUACCUGCCGGGGCCGGAGGAGAGGCUCCAGCGCCACCUGCUCCUGGCCGACUUCUUCAGGGGGACGUGGAGCUGGGGCAUGAAGAAGCCGGUGGGGCUGCCCUCUGCCAGCAAGCCUGUGAGCCUUGAUCGGAAGGUGACUCCUCAGCCUCUGUGGCUCUCCAGGACGCUUGCGAACCAGAGGAAGCUGAGCGAACUGCCCUUCCACCUGCUGCAGGCCGGGCGGACAGAGGAGCUGCAACGGGAUGUCUGGGGGAACAUGGACUGGACCGCCUGCAGGGUCGUCGCCACUGGUGUGGGGAGCCUGGUCUCCGACUUGGAGAUGUGCCUGGUGGGGCUCAGCAGUCCAGAGCUGGGGCUUCUGCGGGACGCCCUCCUGCUCCUGCCGCCGGCCCUGGAGCCGGGCCCCGAGGACGAGGACGAGGACGGCCUCGAAGGACUCCGCGUGGUGGUCUACACAGAGAUGCUGGCCCGGCUCAGCCCCCUGGCUCCUUCCCACCCCGGCCUCAUCGGGGCGCUGUGCCAGCAGUGCCAGGACUGGUUCGCUGCCCUGCCCCAUCCGGUCCUCGUCCCUCUCUGUGGGUUCCUCUACCCACCUGGCGGGCCUCUGCGGAGGACACUGGCGGGAGCCCCCACAGGCACCACCGUGCUGGAGCUCAGCCCAGACCAGCGAGUGCUCCUGGCCGGCUCUCCGUGUGGCCUGCUGGUCGUGUGGGACGUGGGGGGUUGGGCCGUGCGCCACAUCCUGACUGGCCACUCGGCGGAGGUGAGGUGUGUGAGAGUGUUUGGGAAGGGGACGCGGGCAGCUUCCGUCGCCUUGGACCACACCCUGCGCCUCUGGAGCCUGGUUUCCGGCAGGCAGGAACGCGCCAUCCCCGACGUGCAGGCGGGAGAGCAGAACUGGUGCCAGCUGCAUGUGGACGAGAGGCAGAGGACGGUCUACUGGGCCUCCGGUUCAGAGGUCAAGGCCUGGAGUCUGGAGACAGGAGUGCCGGCUUUCCAGAUCCCCGCAGAGCCCGCAGGCGGGGGGCUGUGUGCAGCCGUGUUCGUGCCCAGGCUGGUGGCCAUGACUCUGUCGGAGAGGGGGACCCUCUGCCUCUGGGACAGUCUCGGCGGGCAGCUGCAUUCGAAGCAGGCACUCCCCGGGCUGGGGGAAGAGAGCGUGGCUUGCGGUGUGCUGCUGCAGGAGCGGGGCCGGAUGGUGGCUGGCUUCAGCCAAGGCUCGCUCUUAACGAUUUCCUCGGAUGGAAACAGCCAGUUGGAGAAGCUCCCUGCGGGCAUCUGCUGCAUGGCACUCUCAGAAGACGAGUCUCUCCUUGCCACAGGAUUUGGGCAGCACGUGAGAGUUUUCCUGGCUGACUUGGCAGGAUUGCACCCAUUCCUGGCCACAGACUUGAUGCACGACGGGCAGGUUCAUGCAGCUGCCAUCUCUGCUGACAACACCACCCUCUGUACGAGCUCAGAUGGUGACUGUAUCUGGGUAUGGAGUCUGACCCAGCAGGGUUUACUGACAGAUGUUUUGGGGGACACGGGGGUCCCCGUCACUCACUUGGCCCUCUGCAGUGACAACAGCACCCUCGUGUCAGCCUCCCGCCACGCACCUGUGCUCAGAGUCUGGGAUCUCGGCCACGACUGCCAGCCCAGACCGCUGCCCUCUUCUGCGGCCUGCGUGGGGUGCGUGGCGCUCUCCCGUGAUGCCAGAUACGUCUGCUUCCCCCAAGCCAGGGACUGCUGCAACGUGGUCAUCUGGGACUCUGUGGAAGGUGAGGCGUGCGAUGUGCUGGACACCUCGGCCCCGGUGCGGUGCCUGGAGGUGGCUGAGCAAAGGAACCUCCUCUUUGUCGGCCUGGCCUCCGGGACCCUGCUGGUGUUCCCUCUGGACUCCCGGCAAGACGUGGGCUGCGUCCCGCCGGCAGAGCACCGGAAGCCCCCCUGCAGCCUGGCGCUGACCCGGGACGAGGCCCAGCUGGCCGUGGCCUGUGACGACUGGGUGCAGGUGCUGGAGGUGGGCCUGGGGGAGCCGGCCCCCCUGCUCGGCCAGCCCGCCUACACCUUCUACACCCAGAUCCCCGGGGCAGCCAUCUCCUGCCUGGCCCUCCUGGCCGGCUACCGGGUGCUCUACGGGAUGACCAGCGGGGAGCUCUUCCUGUACAGCUGCCCCCAGGCCCAGGUCUUCCCUCUGGAAGCCCACAGCAGCGGCGGCGGCGGCAGCAGCAUCACCUGCCUCGCCACCAGCCACGGGGAGAAGUGGGCCGCGAGUGGCUCCGCCGACGCGUGGCGCUGCCUCUGGGACGUGGAGCUCUGCUGCUGGGAACACCAGAUGCUCUUCCGGAAGCAAGAUUCCUCCUCGCAAGGCGUCCUGUGUGCCUGCUUCUCAAAGGAUGACAGGUACCUCUUCACCGGCUCGCUGGACCAGUGCGUCACCGUGUGGGACGUUUCACAGGGUGAGCAAUCCCAGAUUGACGACGAUGUGCAAGCAUGGCUUGGAGCCUUGCUGGCGGUGCAGUUUGUGCACAUGAGUAUCACAAGGAUUGUGCCAACAGCAGAUGGCUUUGUGGCCACGACGAGACUGGGCUACCUCGUGCGAGAGAGGUUCCGCUGCCCGCAGCCCAUGGGCUUGCACUACGACCCUCUAGGUCACGUCAAAGCAACCUGCCAAGUGCGGUCUCGGAAGAAGGGAGGAGAGGAGCCCGGCGGGCAGCCUGGCCAUCAGAAACAGCACCCCCGGGACAGACGGGCCCAUCCCGCUAACAAGCUCUCGCAGGUUUGCAGGAUUGUGUGAAGGAGGGAAAGAAAGAAGCCGGGAGAGAGGAGUGGAUCCAGUGGAGACCCUGCCCUGCUCAGAGGGGCGUCUGGCUGCCGAGGGAGCUCUCCUUGGCUCUUUUGUUCCGCUUCUGGUCUUUUUAUCUUGUUGCUCACCGCCCUGGGGUCUUGCCACGGAGGGCAGCAGAGGCAUACAAACAAACAAACAGACAAACAAUACCACUGAAUAUUUUGCAACUCCUCACGGAGUCAGAGUGGCUGCUAUUGUUAUUGUUAUUGAAACCGAGAGAGGCUGUUUUUAAAGUGGCUGCUAUUGUUAGGACCUGUUGCUGGCAGGGAGGCUCCAGGCGACCAUUGAAAGCAAACCUGGAGAUUUUAAUGGUGCUGGGUAUCAGGGGUGUGUGUGUGUGUGUGUGUGUUUCAGGGAAGCAGGACAGAGCGGGCAGCACGAAAAACCAAAACCAAAGAAAAGAC